AAAAAGUUUUCUGCAGUUGAUGUUUGAGAUUUUUUCCAAACCAUUAUCGUCUAAAUGUUCAUACGCAAUAUGACAAGCUCAUAUUUAGGAAGUGGUGUAAACAGUGACUUAUCUAUUCGAUGAUAUUGCCAGAUAUUUCAAGAGAGAAAUUGAUAAAGAUGUAAUGGCCAUGUUUUGCAAAUACUUCAGAAGAGGUCAGUUCCAAAGAUGUAUUAACAUUCUGAAAGAAUCAGGAGAUUUAUCUGACACAUUUUCAGUAGUCAGUUUUUCGAAUAAACUGAACGAUGAAUUGUGUAAGUUACUUCUGGAUCUGGUGAGACACAGCACAGAUGGAGAGUAUGAAUCUGACUUGUCUGCCAUCAUACAAAAUGGAGAGAGCGCAAUACAAGACAUCCUUACUAGAAUAAACAGUUUGCCGCCAUCUCAGGAAUGGAUAGGUCUAGAGUUGACCCUAGUCUACAACCUCAUAUGCUUCCAAUUGUUACUUGGCAAUCUUAGGAAAUUUGAUUGGUUGGCUGUACUAAAAAGAAGUACGAAUCUACUCAAGCACAGUCUUAACCGAGUGAAAACGGCUUUGAAAGUGGCAAGCUCAGUUAGCUCCAUUCCUGAGUCUGAUGAUGGUGUCGUGGAACUGAUCGAGGAGCUGGUUAAUGUAAAACAUCUCUUGAGAGUUCACAAUGUUGUCGAUUCCUUCAGUUUGGUAUCCUGUAUCCAUACCUUGGUACUGAUGCAUUAUGGGAAUUUACCAUGUGCACUCUCAUGUUUGGAAGCACUUAAACCAUUGGUCAUAUAUGAUACAGAUUUGUUAAAACUGCAUCCACAAAUGGGAAUGCUUGCCUUUUCACCUAAUUGCAUUGAAGAAGGGAUGACAACAGUGAACUCACUUAGACUUACAGAUGUAAUAAACUUCUGUAUGGGCGUGUGUUGCUACAAAUUGAAGCAAGGUCCAAAAUGCCGGAGUGUAUUGAUAAAGAUCAACUACAGACCAUGGAAACUCCAUGCAACUUACCUUAUUGGCAGUUCUCUGUUUAGUGAACAGUUGUAUAGAGAGGCAAUGAAUUACGUGAACGUCGCGUUGAAUGAAGAUACAGACUCCGACACUGAAGCUGAACUUAGAGCCAGACUCUUCAGUCUGCAAGGGAUCUGCUUCUAUAAACUGAAUUUUCACCACAGUGCUAUUGCUGCAUUCAAAGAAGCUCUUCAACUUGACUUCACGUCCCACGAUGCUCUGUACAACAUAGCUCUGCAGUACAGACAUCUAGGCCUGUUAGACGAGGAGCUGGAAGCAUUGAACCUAUUGGUCACUAUUCUUCAAGACAGACCUUCCAGCCAGUUUGAUUCUACAAAGAUUUGCUUUAAUUCGUUGUUCACUAGUCUGUUUACUGGUUCGUCUUUAUCAACGUCUCAGGUCCUGUAUGCACUAGCCAGCCGAUGCAAGCAGUUAAACAGGUUUACCGAGGCGUCAGAAAAAUAUUUAGAUCUUUUACAAGAAGAAAGUGAAUUUUCUUCACUGUGCCUGCAGGGAAAUGAAACUCUUUUGGAAAAAUUGCCUGAUAUGGCAACUGUCUUCACUGAAUGUGCAUACUGCCUUCUUAAAUGUGACCAGUUCCAAGAAUGUAUAGUCAUAUGCAGCAGAGCCCUGGAAGUAUACUCGUCAGCAGUGUUCCGUGAUGAGUCCACACUAGGACGUUCAGACCCACUGGACGACGAUGAUGAUGAUGAUGAUGCAGAUGGUGACCUCACAGUACUGCUGAGUGGAGGGAAUGGGUCUCAGAGUAGAAAGAGACGAAGAUCAGAGUCAGGUGACCUUGCGGAAACACCAAGCUGGAAACAAGUAGAAACACACAUGACCUUGGUGUUUUACAAGGCAGACGCAUUGGUACAGUGCGAGGACUUGAAAAGUGCUGCAGAUGUACUUCAUAGGUCUAUAGAACACUUUCAAGAGUAUUGCGAACAGAUUCUGGCCACCAAAGAAAUCAUGUCUUCAGAUCAGCAUCAUCAUACGUCAGAAGUUGGUUCUGCAGCAAAAAAACAAAGAACAAACGAUGGACAAAUUGUAAAUACAGCACAAAACAACAAGAAUCAAGAUACACAAACAAUACCCAGAAAAUGGCAGCAUCUACUGAGUGAAGCUUGUACACACCUUGCUGCCAUUUUCCUCAAGAUGGACUCCACGUCUGAUGCUCUUCAUUACUGCAGACUUUCCAUACAGCUGGAUGUGGAGAACACCAAGGCAUGGUACAUAUGCUGCCUUGUUCUGCAGAAAAAUGGACGUCAGUACGAAUCUGUUAGCUCAUGGCUCCAACACCGUCAAAUUUGUCAUAAAUCUGACUCCUUUCAUUUGACCAAUGAGCUCAAGAGAAAACGUGAAAAUCUGAGGAUGCUUACAACAGGAGAUUCUGAAAAGAAACCAAUCUUGCUGUGUGAUCCAAUAUCAUCAUGUGAAUUUCUAAAAAUGGAUAUUUCCUCACUUGAACAUUUACUGAAAUACCAGCAAUCAAAACAAUUCAGUCAUUAAACUACAUAAUAGAAUUGCAUUUACUACAGUUUCUGUAUUUCAAAAUACAGUUUACUCAUGAGACUGUGUGACAGAAUUGUCUUUACAACAAUUUCUGUUUUUAAAAAUACAGGUCAUGUUUCUGGUGCUGUUUUUAUUACCUGUGUAAAGUAGCCUACUUUUUUAUAUAUCUGAAAAAUGUUGUUUUUGCUCAUGGAAUAUCCAUGAAUGAGAGAUUUAAAGAAUACUCAAUGAUUUAUUGUAUGUUACUGUUUAUCUUGCAUAAGUGAACUGAUGUUGUUCGUCAUGAAUCUUAACUAUACAUCAGUCAACUGGAAUAAAAGUUUCAGCUACAUUUUGACCAGACCCCAUGCUUAUAACACUAUCAAAGUUUAGACUCAAGUCUCUAAUUUUGUUUUGAUACUUUAAUAUAAUGGCAUCAUAUACAAAUUGUAUUCAUUAAAGAUUGGAAUCUAGACUCAUUUUAUGAAGUUCAGGCCCUGAUACCUCAGUUACAUAUCAAUCCUUUGAACCUAUUUGCCAUGUGUGCUAAAUGCACAUGGGUAUGAACUAAAAGUCACCCCAGCAAGCUGACAACAAUGUUUGCAUAGCCUUUAAAAUGUGACAUCUGUGGAAAACAAUUGUAUCACCACACACCAAAUAUAGACAUACAACAUUUAACACAGCACUUUUUGGUGAAUUUAUCGAUAUAUAGCAGUCAUAAAUUUUAUAAAAUCUGUUCACUAUGCUACGUGAUUUUCUGUAGUGAUGCCACUUUCGGUAUUUUAUCAAUGUUUUAGUGAAAUCUUUCAGUCAGAAUGGAUGAAAAUGUGUAAUUUUAUAUUGAACAUAUGUAUUUUAAACAUUUCUAUUUGUGAUGAUAUAUUGCUGUUAAUAAUACAAUACAUAAAAUCCU